AUGCAGAAACAUAACCAAACAAAGAAAAGCAAUCCAACUGCUCACAGUGGCCGUCCUAAAAAAGAAAAAGAUUCGAAGGACACAAAAAAGUCGAAAAAUACGAAAACUGGCAGACGAACUCCAUCGAAUACAAAAGUGAAGAAUCUGACGAAUUCAAUGUCCUCAACGGAUACAGUUACACCUCUCAAAACUGCCGAAGAAUCGAAAUCAGCUGAUAAUAAUAAGAAAUUGGUGACGAAAAACAGACAACCUCGAGAGAAAGAAUUGAAAUUGGAACCGACUCAAGAAGAUGUUCCAGUUGAGAAGAAAGUAGAUAAGAAAGAAGAGAAAAAGAAGGAAGAAGAUGCACAGAGUGGAAUGGAAGUUAUAGUGAAAGAUGAUAAGAAACCAGUCAAAAUGGACGAUGGGUAUGAAGAUUUUGGACCGGGAGCUGCUUGA